AUGGAAGAGGACAGGAAGAAGAUCCAAUUGGACAUGGAGGUCUUUGAUCAAAUCAUCGAUGCUGGAAAUGCGGAUGAGACAACCAUUGUAAGAUCUAAAGCCUUGAAAUUGAAGGUUGAAAUUGAAGCUAAGCUUCGUAACGAUUUACGACAAAAAGCAAAAUUCAAUGGGCUGUUGAAGGAGUCAGAGUUGAUUCAAGAAGAGUAUAUUGGGCUGCCAAUGAACUUAAUUGUGAGAUUGUCAAGAUGGAAAGCUAAAGCCUUAUCUGCCGGGGGAAGGAAUGUCCCAGCCCAAGUUGUUCUAGGAAGCCUUGCCACUUACUUUUUGUCCAUUUUCAAAGCCCCUGUUCGCACACGGUUGUCCUUAAAAGAAGAGAAAAUGAGAAAAGAUUUCUUCUGGGGAUCAGAUUAUGUGGAAAUAAUUGCUUGGGUCAAAUGGGGAGAUGUCAUUAAAAGUAUUGAUAGAGGAGGCCUCGGGUUGGAAAGUAUUGAUGCAGCUAACCUCGCACUUCUAAUCAAGUGGGUGUGGGAACUUCAUUUCGAACCAACCUCUAGUUGGUCAAAAGUGAUAAAGGCCAUACACGAUCAGAAUGGUGGAGGGGAAAUCCAAAUGGGAUUGGCGUAG